UGACGGGCUCCGUCCUGAGGGAAGGCUGGAGCCGGGAAGGUGGGAGGACGGUCGGCGUGUCGCGGCUCCUCCUCCGCCCGACAGGCACGGCGGGCAGCUGGACUCAAGUCUGUGAUUCCUGGCAUGGCGUUGCGGGCGCGGGUCCCGGAGCCCAUCGACACAGCUCGUCCAGCAGCAGCAGCAGCAGCUCGGCCCGACGCCCGCCUGCCCCAGGGAGGCCUUGCGGCCGGAUGGCAGCCCGCGGUUGAGCGCUCGCCGCCCCCGUUUGGCUGCCGGGUGGCAUGGAGGCACUCGGCGGCAACAAGGAGAUGCAGUGGAGCGGCGUGACUCGGCCCCUCGACCUGUUGGUCAGCUCGUACCGGUUGCCGCAGCUCGUCCGGCUGGAGGACGGGGAAACAGUGGAAGGGAUUCGUGAAACUGAUUUGGUGUUGCUUCAUUCCUGUCGACAGUGGACUACAAUUACAGCCCAUAGCUUGGAAGAGGGUCAUUAUGUGAUUGGGCCAAAAAUAGAGAUUCCUGUUCAUUAUGGAGGACAAUUUAAAUUAUUGGAACAAGACAGAGAUAUCAAAGAGCCCGUACAAUACUUCAACAGUGUGGAGGAGGUGGCAAAAGCUUUUCCAGAACGAGUGUACGUCAUGGAGGAAAUAACGUUUAAUGUUAAGGUAGCCUCGGGGGAGUGCAAUGAAGAUACAGAAGUGUAUAACAUCACCCUAAGCACCGGGGAUGAACUUACUCUGAUGGGACAAGCAGAGAUCCUUUAUGCCAAGACGUCAAAAGAGAAAUCACGACUGAACACUAUUUUUAAGAAAAUUGGUAAACUAAAUUCCAUCAGUAAAUUUGGACGAGGAAAGAUGCCCUGCCUUAUCUGUAUGAAUCACCGUACUAAUGAGAGCAUUAGCCUGCCUUUCCAGUGUAAAGGUAAAUUCAGUACACGUAGUCCCUUAGAGAUACAAAUGCAAGAGGGUGAGCAUACUAUUCGCAAUAUUGUUGAAAAGACCAGGUUACCAGUAAAUGUUACCGUUCCAUCUGCUCCGCCACGAAACCCCUAUGAUUUACACCUCAUUCGGGAAGGUCAUCGCUAUAAGUUUGUUAAUAUCCAAACUAAGACUGUGGUUGUGUGCUGUGUACUUCGGAACAAUAAAAUGAUACCUGUACACUUUCCACUUCAUUUAGUUGUGCCAAAGUUUACCUUGGCUGAAGGUCUCCUUAAGGGAGAGAUGUGGUACGUGAAUAUAGUUCAGCACUCAUUCAGCAUUUGUCAGGAGCAAUUUGACAUUGAAGAAUAUUCGCGAGCAGUUCGGGACGUGAAGACUGACUGGAAUGGAGAUUGUAAAAGCCCAAAGAAGACUAGAUGUACCGGGCACAGUCACAUGCCUAAUUCCCUUAGUUAUGCUCGUGAAGAAUUGACGCAGUCGUUCCAUCGACUUUCAGUAUGUGUUUAUGGAAAUAAUUUGCAUGGAAAUAGUGAAGUUAAUUUGCACGGUUGCAGAGAUCCUAGCAAUGAAUGGACUCUGUUUUCUCAUGAAACCCUUCUUUCACAAGAUUCUGGAGAUAGUGGCAGUGAUUAUCUGCUGCCUGAAGUGACUGAAGAAUCUGGAAUCCAGUCGCAGUCAGAACUUCCCUAUGAGGAGCUCUGGUUAGAUCAGGGUUCGGGGAAACGGUGUGGGCAAGAUGCUUCCUCUGUGGGAGAGGGACUGAAAUCCGGUAAUCAGAGACAUUCCAUCUGCUCCAAAUGUCCGGUUUCUUCAGGCCUUUCUUCUCCACAUCCAUUGUCUACAUCUGAUAUUUCUCUACAUCCACCUCCAGUGCCUCCAAAGUCUGAAGCUGUAAAGGAAGAGUGCAGACUUCUGAAUGCCCCUCCCAUCCCCCCACGGAACGUCAAGCCGUCAACAUGCAGUCCAUCAAUUCCUCCUCGGCAAAUCCGCCAACAGACACGUUCUCCCAGCCCGACGCUAUCUUACUAUUCUUCUGGAUUACAUAACAUUGGUGCCACAGAGAAUGAUGCACCUCCAUCUAGUGAGAAGCAUUCCCCAGCUUCCUGUUACCCUUGCAACUGGAUCAACUCUAAUUCUAUGCACAGUGGAACUAAAUCACCGCUUAGAAGCCCCACAAUGGACUCGCAUUCAAAUCGUUCAUCGUGGCCAAACCAACAUUAUGGGGAUAUUGAUGGCCAAGAGACUGGUAAUUUUGGAUCUCAACAGCGAAGUUAUUACAGCUAUCCUCGUCACAAAAUGUCAAGUACAGAACCCAUACCGUUUCAGUAUGGGAGCAUUGAGUGUGCUGGGAGAUGUGAGGGACUUCAUAUUACUACAUUCCCUGAGCAGCAACAAUUGAAGGAUGAAGUUGUACACAUUACUUCUUCUGAAUGCCCAAGAUCCACCGCUUAUUUCUCAGAGGACAAUGAAGAAAAUUGUUUAGAAGAUAACACACAGCAAAGUCAACCAUGCAUCACCUCUUCACCUUGUGCACUAAAAUUCAAUGAUGAGGAAUUUGUUGAUCUAGAAGCUUUGUUUUUGCCGUCGCCUAUUGAUGGGGCUGAGGAUGAGCCUCAAGUUUGUUCAACAGAACUACCCAAUAAUUUUGCUAACAAAAAUACACAGGACAUAUUUUCUACUCCUCAUCCUUUAUUGUCCUCUCCUCCGCACCUGCAACUAGUACAACGUUCAUGUGGUGAUGGGUCACCUUGGCAACCACCAACUGAUCUUUGUGGACUUUCUAUUGAAGAGGUGUCAAAGUGCCUACAAUUUAUAGGUCUACCUGAGGAGGUUGUGUUACUGUUUGUGGUGGAAAAAAUCGAUGGAAAUUUACUUGUACAGCUUACUGAAGAGAUCCUGUCUGAAGAUUUUAAAUUAAGCAAACUCCAAAUCAAGAAACUCUUGCAGUUCAUCAGUGGCUGGAGACCUAAGAUGUAAUGCAAUGACUCGGAUAACAUGGGUGCAAAGUAUCUGACCUCAGCAACUAUUGUUUUGCACUAAUUAACCAUGAUUAUGUGCUGUAUUAAAUCAGUUCAGUAAAUGGUUUGCUUAGUAACUUUAUAUCCUGAUAGAAAUGGCGUCCUAGCAAGAGAGGAGAUAUUGUGCAUUACUUUGCUAUCAUCAAUUGCUUGAAUUUCAAGAAAAUAAAAAUGGGUUAUCCAAUAUGUUGUAAAUGUAGUCAAGCUGCAAGUGAUUUGCAGAUCAAGACGAUUUUGUGCAUUUUUGAUCAAAAGGUCCACUCAAUUUGUCUCAGAUUGUUGGCGUACAGACUUAUGGUCUAACACUACUGUUGUGGGCCAAUGCUGCUGCUUAGCCACCCUGUUCACAUUAUAUUCUCAUGGUAAUUAAUGUAUAAAUUGAUGGUGACACUUCUUUUUACUACUGGACAUAUGUUUCUUUGGGAGAUGUACAAACGCAGAUUAAUUGGAAUAUUGAGGUUUUUGUGUUGAUUAUGGAAUGAGUAAACUGAACAAAUUGACGUUACAUUAGAUAGGACCAGUUAAUACAAUAAACCCAUUUGGAUCUUUUAAUGUUCUAGUCAUGAGGUUUAUUGCUUUCAUCUGAAUUUCUUCAUUCUCCGAGUAAGCUUUUUUUUCUAUUUCAUAAUAUGUGUAGAAAUCUCCUGAUGUUAGAUUGAUAAGCAGACUUGCUAAAAAACUUUGAGAUGUUUUAUCACCACUUUGAGAUGUAGUUUGUACAUUAACUGAUUCCUUAUUAAAUUUUACAGUUUAAAACUACGUCCAAAGUAGCUGAGAAAUAGUAUCGUUGAAGUGGGAUAGGAGCUGUAAAAAGUCGAUCGAUUGUUGCUUUACAAAGUGUAGGUCAAGACCCCGAGGUGUCAUGUUGAUUUUGAUAAAGACAUUCUAGCUGCUUCUACCAAUCACCAACCUGGUAGUGUUAAUUUUUGGGCUCUUUUGAAAAUAAUGCAAUAGAAUAAUAACUGACAAAGAAAGUGUCUUUCAAUACCUCAGGGCAUCCCAAAACACUUUAGUCAGUUACCUGGUUUUGAACUAUCUUGCCUGAGGUAAUUAAUGGAGAGAAUGUAACAACCAUUUAUGUACAGCAGGAUUCUAGAAAUUGCAGUGAAAAACAAAAUAAAUGUUUUUUUGAUGUUCGUUGAGGGUUAACUGCGAUGACACUGGAUAAUUCUUGCAUACUAAGUCAGAUUAGUGCCAUGGGAUUCUUUAUAUCCAGCUGAGGCAGCAGAUGAGCCAUUUCAUCCUAUUUGAAAAUGGCACCUGAGAACACACAACUUUUCUAUUGUGCUGGCAUUUCAGGCUCAAUAUUCGUGCUCAAAUCUCUAGAGUGAGACCAAAAUCCAGUCAUCCACUUAGAAAUGAAAGUUAUAGUAGGUUAGCUCAAUUGUGUGCUACAGACAAGAUGGAUACUUGGAGAGCUGAAUUCCAUCCAUUUGUAAUCAAUGGCUGAAAAUGUGUGGCAAUACUCCUUAAGUAUUUUUCCAGAUGUCAGACCUUGCAUUUAGGUUUUACUCUUUUUUCUCCGUAACAGUGACUGCCCUUCCAAAUAAUUUUGUUUGUAUAUUUUUGAGAGAUGUAGUAAGGCACUAAAUAAAUCCAGAUAACUGUAAAAUUAUGUGUACUCAUGUUAAGAUGACAUUUUCUGUUGGUUAUAACUGAUCUUAAAACGUUUGAGCUAAAAAACAGCAAAUCUCUCAAAUGUCAGUUUUUACAAAUGUAUAUAGCAAUGCUGGGUUUAAGUAAUUUUGAUAGACAUUAAAAAAUUGGUACAUUUUUAACCUCUUCAUUUUGCCAAACUUAACGGAUUGCAUUGAAUUUGAAUCCUCACUUCCAAUUCUCGGCUGGAAUACUGAGCAACCCUGUGGAGGUUGGUGGGGGUGUCACAGACAAGCACACCAUAAAAAGACACAAAUUGCUGGAGUAACUCAGCGGGUCAGGCAGCAUUUCUGGGAGACAUGAAUGUGACAUUUCAGGUUGAAAACCUUCAGACUGAUGAAGGGACCCAAACAGAAAACGUUGUGGCGGCACCUGGUGGUGAGUUACGCGUAGUACGAACCCUCGGCUCUGGAGGGAGGAGUCAAGUGUCACGGUGACUGGAGGUGCAGGUCACUGGGCUUCCAGGGCGGUAUAUAAGGUCGGGCAACGCCCGUGCCCCAUGGUAGGAGUUAGGAGCUGUAUGGAGGAAGAAUAAAUGACAAUUGCUUGCACAAACCUUGUGUCUGUUAUUCCUGGCUGGACAUCAGCGUGUCCCCGCCAGAACGUUGUCCAUCAUAUCUUCUAGAGAUGCUGUCUGGUCUGCUGAGUUACUACAGUACUUUGUGUCUUUUUUUUGUAAACCAGCAUCUGCAGUUCCUUGUCCACGAGUCUACAAGCACCACACCAUCUUGGUGUUUUGGAUUGGGUAUUAAGUAUGGCUUUGCCACCAAAAUAUUUAUCCUACCAAUAAGAAACAGCUACUGAGUACAUCAAUUAAUCUUUUUUUGCCAAUUCAC